UUAAUUUUUAUCACUUCGUGGGUGGCGGAUCUCGCUAUUGGCUGCCGAUCAAGGCACCUCCCACUCAGUUGCGCACCCGUGCGAUCUCGCGUGCGCACCACUCGCGCGAGUCUCUCGUACCCCCUCUACGAGGUGUUUUUUAUUUACGAUUUUUAUUUUCCGAUGGUUUUUACACACCGAGUACUGGCUAUUCGCGUUCUAAAUCGUGAUUGCAUUCGUUCUUCCUCAUUCUUCCUGAUUUCUGAUAAGUUUCGAUGGGAAAAAUCGAGGUGAGACGAUAUAACCGAUGAUAUUUCAGGAAAGUAUAAAUUCACAGAAAUUUUUAGAUUAGAUUAUUCAUCAAAAGGAUUUUUGCAAUUUACUCUAAUCGAUUUAUGAGAGAUUCAUUUACCUCAUUAAUAUUUUUUGUCUCAUAUAUUUCGCAUACCAAAGAGAUGAAUUACUUGAUUGCAACAGCUGAGGGAUUUUUUUUUAAUUAGAUUUUUUUAUUCACGAACAAUCAUGUGUCACGUGUCACGUUGACAGUGUCGUAUGCCCACAUAAUAACGCAUUUACCCACAUCUGGGGCUCGUAAGCAGCCGAAAAUCAUCCCCCCAAUUCGGUAAAUUUUAUCGCCAAAGGUCAAUGACAAAAAUACCCGUCACAUUAACCGGGAAGACGUAUGACACUUGCAACCUGCCAACCUGUUGUCCAUAAUCCACCUUCGAGGAGUCACCGGUGAAGCUGGAAUUCAAGAAGGACAGGGCUAUCCACGAGCUAUACUAAACACAAGUCUUACAUGUCUCCUAUAGUGUGUAGAAGCGAGAUAACAGCAGACAAACAAACCUGACGCAGCAGGAGAAACUGGGAUUCAGUCUUCUGGCCACGUGCUUGGUGAACGCACGCCCCGCACCGGCCGGUCACCGAUUCACGAAUGAACUUCACGAAUUUCCCGUAAAUUACCCGGUACCAAUAACUAUAGGAUAAAUAUUUUAUCAACGUCCCAAAAAAAUCCACCGAAAAACCACCCCCCAAUCGCUGAAAUGCAUUUUCCGGGGAAUAUCUGAGUGACAGUGAUGAUUUUGUUUAUAAUUUUUGUGGCUAUGACGAAGAGUGAAUUGUGGAUACUUUACGAGAGUCUCAAAGUACCCACCCCCCAUUAAGAUAAUUAUUAAUUUGGAGGGGUGCAACUCAACGAUAAUGACGACAAUAAAAAUCUCGCUGCUGAAUGGGGCAUACGAGAUGGGCCACACUAGUUGCAGUGUAAGCCGAUAAAUUCGUAUGUACGAAUGGACGUGGGGGAGUCGUCGAAUGCCGCUGGAUUGGCGGGGACUGGACCAGCGGUUUUCGGUGGAAAUCCUAGGACCCGGGGAUACGCCACUGAGACCAGCGUGACAACUGCAAACGAUAAUACUAUCACAAGUAUACAUGGUAGCACUGGAUGGUGGACACCAACUUCGACAAUAGUGACAAGCCCUACUAACACCGACGUGAUGAAUCAAUUAUGCAGAGUAUGCGGUGAACCAGCAGCAGGUUUCCAUUUUGGUGCGUUUACGUGUGAGGGCUGUAAGUCGUUCUUUGGACGGACGUACAAUAAUCUCGGGAGUAUAUCGAGCUGCAAAAAUGGUGGAAUCUGCGUCAUCAACAAGAAGAAUAGGACGGCGUGCAAGGCCUGCAGAUUGCGAAAGUGUCUCAUGGUGGGAAUGUCGAAAUCUGGCUCGAGGUACGGAAGAAGAUCCAAUUGGUUCAAGAUCCACUGUCUUCUCCAGGAGCAGUCUCACCAGGCACAGCAGGCCCUCAUGAAGAGCUCCAACGUCAAUCCUGAUAAGGUCCUGAACUCGUUGGACGCAGCCAACAACAAUGACAACAGUAUCAAUUCAGCUGGGACAGGUGGACUGACUUCAGGAGUCAGCCAGAGCAGAUCAACGAAGGAUGAAUCAGCUGAUGGUUCAUCAAGGCCUCCAGGACGAUCUGAACUUCUCCCUCAUGGUAUCCUGAUGCCGGAUCCAACGAGGUUUCCAUUGUGGCGACUUCCUCCCUUCUUUCACCCAACACUCAAUCAUAUUCCGUUCUUGGGUGGCACUUCUUGCUUUCCGUUUCAACAGAGCCUCGUCGUACCCUACGCCAAUCAGGCAGAACCCCAUAUAUCUGUCACCAGUUUGUCCAUUUCUUCGAGUGAAAGUGCUUCCCUGCGAUCAACACCAUCACCGAAGGGUGAUGUUGAACAAUCGUGUGAUGUGAGGAAUUUUGGAGACAAGUGCGCGUCGUUUUUUCAGGCCCUUGGGCCGGAGCAGGAGGAGCCGAUGGACCUUAGCAAGAAGUCUUUUGGGGGUGAGGAUGGUCGGGAUGAUGGGUCGUGCCAGUCUGGGGAGAAUGUUGAUGAGACAGAGGGACUUUCAGACAGCGAAAGUAAUGAGAGAAUUAUUGGAGCUGAGGGCGACUCCCUUUUGGAUCUUAGUUGGAAGACAUGACAUCGGGGUAUCGAGGAUGAGGAUAUCCUCUGAGGCUGAUGUCCAGGUGUUCAGUUGACAAAUGAACCCAGUGAAGUUUACUGAACGAUCGGUGAAGACGGUGAGGUGAGAUGACGAAGUGGAAACAUGUUCCUGGACUCGAUAAGUCUUUCACAUUCAGGACCAGUCCUCUACGUGCUUAGGAAGGAUCCAGCUAUUCUGGGUUUGAUGAUGUUGAUGAAUGACAGGAGUGGAUGUUGUGAUUGGAAUGCGUGAAGGUAAUGCCAGAAAAAUAACAGAUUAAUAAUUUAUUGUAAAGUCGCUGCUCUUCAUCAAUCUUCAGGCCUCAUCGAGGGAAAGGAUUCUUUCCCCGAAGAUGACGUCAGCGAACUUCUUGUGUACACAUAUUUCUUAUCUCAAUUAUCUUAAAAUUCUGUUAAUUUAGUUGUAAUUCAGUUAAGUCAGUUGUAAUUGUUGUAAUCUAGGGGUAAUUGCCGUCGACUUUAUCAUCCCAAAUUGAGUCGUUCUUCACGUUGAUGAGGCUGCAGGUGAGGUCAGUAAAACGAGAGUGAUCCUCGGUAAUGAUAUGCGUGUAAAUAUUUGUAGUAUUUCCAUAGAAAUAAAUGACCAUAAGUCAAACAUUUCGU